GUUGCAAUGACGGUGAUGUGGGCCCUUCACGUUACAGCCAGGUACAAUAAGAACCGAUUUUUGGCACCGUUCCUCAUCAUGCCCAGCCACGGGGGACUCGGUCAUCGUCUCUGUCGCCCGUCAGCAAAAAGCGCCCAUACGAUGACUGCGUGCAUUACCAAGGCUUAUGCCGAUGACAGCAAGUUUCAGUAGAGUUGUUGGAGUAUCAAGGAGUUUUGAUGACAUAUUG